GUGGCCCUUCCUACCUCAUCGCAGAGUGACAGUGGCAGAAGGACCCAGACCUUUAAUCCUGUUUCGCAGCAGGUUUAGCAGAGGAGCGGCUGCAGCAGCCUGGAAAUAACCAUGGAGAAGAUCCUGAAGGCAGAGCUGAACACCAACGUUCUGAAGGCACUGGGGAGCUCUGGGGGAGGAUGCAUCAGCCAAGGCCAAACGUAUGAGACAGACAGAGGACGGGUAUUUGUGAAAAUCAACCACAAACCUCAGGCUAGAAAAAUGUUUGAAGGGGAAAUGGCAAGUUUGGAAGCAAUUCAGAAAACCAAUAUUGUGAGAGUGCCUCAGCCCAUCAAAGUGAUUGACCUGCCUGGAGGAGGAGCCAUGUUUGCCAUGGAGUACCUAAAGAUGAAGCAUCUCAACAAAUAUUCUUCAAAGCUGGGAGAGCAGAUAGCAGAGCUUCAUCUUUAUAACCAGAAGCUUGGAGAGAAGCUGAGGACUGAGGGAAGCACAAUUGGAAAAGGAGCCGGUCGCUCCGAGGCCCAGUUUGUGGAUAAGUUUGGAUUCCACACAGCCACUUGCUGUGGUUAUAUCCCACAGGUGAAUGAGUGGCAGAAUGACUGGCCAUCCUUCUUUAUCCGUCACCGGCUCCAGGCUCAGCUGGAUUUGAUUGAAAAAGAUUAUGGAGACAGAGAAGCCAGAGAACUCUGGUCACAGCUAAAACCAAAGAUUCCUGAAAUGUUCUGUGAUGUAGAAAUUGUUCCUGCUCUCCUGCACGGGGACCUGUGGGCAGGGAAUGUGGCUGAGGACGACUCUGGGCCGAUUAUAUUUGACCCUGCCUCCUUCUAUGGCCAUUCAGAAUUUGAACUGGCCAUUGCUGGAAUGUUUGGGGGGUUCAGCAGCUCUUUCUUCUCUGCCUAUCACAGUAAAAUACCCAAAGCUCCAGGAUUUGAGAAACGAAACAAGUUGUAUCAGCUCUUUAAUUACAUAAACCACUGGAACCAUUUUGGGACAGGGUACAGGGGCUCUACUCUAAACAUGAUGAGGAAACUUCUGAAGUAACCAGGUACAUUUGAGAAAUUGUGACACAGUCCCAUAGGAAUGAGCAGCCCCUGCUCACCCCUAGUACCACGAAGUUGUAACUGAUGGUAAAACACCUGAUACGGAGAAGGCUUAGUGCACUUUUGAGUCUCACUAACUAAGAGCAAUUACUAAGAGUAAUCUUUAACUUGGGCACUAGUUUCCUCCCCUGAUUCCCACAGAUUCCUCCCCUGCUGAAGGAAAGGGCUGCACUGUUUGUGAAGGCUCCACUGGCUUGGAAGGCAGCCUGGCAGUCAUCCUGCCCUUGCUCUCUCACCUCAUAGCUGCUGUGCUCCCACAGUUGUUCCACAGAAGUGCAUUCCCAGUCCUGCUGCUGCUCCAUCAGCAGUUUGUCAUGGAGAGCUGCAGCUGUGGGACAGUGCUGCUGGAAGUAAUAGCAAAUUCUGGUUUAGUUUUCUGUCUGUUCCCAACCCUUUCCCCAUGAAUAUUUCCAUGGUCUUCUGUUUCCCUUCCCUUUCCUUUUGCGUGUCAAAUGUCAUAAUCCUAAAUUUCAGUCAGAUUCUGUGAAUCUGAAAACAUUAUUUUUUUAAUUUAAUCAGCAGACAAGGCCCUUUGGCUGCAUUUGACAAAUAGAUGUAAUUAAUAAUAAUUCUAAUAUUUAUUUUAAUUUAAUAUAAUUUACUCACAUUAGUUUUUCUCUUGCUAUAAGAAAUGAAAUUCCAGUGGUAUUUUCUGGAAUGAUGUCUAGUUCCUUGGUAAUUAACUGUACAGUCAGAAGGGUUACCACUCAAAGUUGAUAAUAGCAUUUCAUCAUUUUAGUGUGGUAUUUCAGUGUGUUGUACUACAAUAGUAACAUAUAUAAAUAACUUUGUAAAAAGACAGCAAAUGUGGGAGGGAGGCUCUGUGGUUGGGUGAGAAGAAGCACCUCUGGCUGCUGGGUUGGUUGGAGCUUGAUGUAUUUUCAAUUUUAAGAAAUGAGUGCAGUGGGCAAAGCUGGUCUGUUGUGCCACCAAUGGGUUAUGGAAGGAACAGUGUCAAAUCUGAUGGAUUUGUAAAGAGUUUUAUUGUUCCUUACUGCUUUAUUUUUACAGAAAACACGGGCAGGGGGAAUUUGAGGAGAAAAGUGUUCAGCAAAGGUACUGGUGUACAAUCUGAGCUAGUGUACAUUAGUGACUCUGAGGGGUUUUAAUGGAAGAAAGUGGCAAAGGAGAGUAAAAGUAAGUGCAGUCCCACAACUAUUAAUUAGAAAAUUUGGGUAAGAAUGACCUGAGUAUUCAGGUUCAGAUGGUUGGCAUGACUAAUACUAAAAUAUUAUAUUCAAAAUUGCUCAAAUAUGUUUAGACUUUUCUUAACUUUAAAUGGUUGUGCUAUAAAGAUUUAAUAAAGUUUAAAAUUUGAUGUUGCAAUUGGUUUAAAACAAUGCACUUUACUGUCCGUAAAUAUGAUACAAAUAGUGAAAAAUUUUUAUUUCCUUUGAUUCAGGGGAAUCUGUCAUGGUUGGUUAUAAAACUUAACAGAACUAAAAUAGUGGAAAAGUGGAACAGUAGAGAUAGAACACAGCUGGCAUUGUAGCUGAUGGCUGGAAGAUCUAGGUCUGAGGAAAGAGUGAAGUGCAGUGGUGUUCAUGGAUGUGAACAAACUGACUGUAUCAUUGUGAACUCACACUUCUCCAAUAAAACACUUGCCUUGCAGAAACCCA